AUGCUGAUCAAGCAAUUCCUCUUGCUGCGAAGAGUAGUUCAAAAGAAUGGACCAGAACUCGAAUUCUGUGAAACUAAUAAUGGAAUCGACUAUGGCAAAGAUUCAGCUGUCAAGUGGACUGUUUAUUGGAGAACAUUUUUCAUUGCAGUUGCUGAAUUAUUCGGGUACAACGAUGGAGAAGAAUGGAUGGUUUCCCGCUUCCUCUUCCCCGAAGAAAUGAUAGUCGUAAAUUCACGAACUACGAAUACCCUGAAAAGAAAAUUAGUCCAUAUGGCGGAGAACAUACAGUUGCAAAUUUUCUACCAUUCGGCGGUGUUCCAUGAUUACCGAAUUACUAAAUUAUGA